AACAUGGAUCUUCCAGUUGACGAACGCCGGCUAGGAACGCGGAGAAGUAUACCUCCGCAACUAUGCGCGACGAGUUCUUUUUUUAUUCGUUCGAAAGAACUCGAACGCGCUAGUAUUGAUAUUUAAGGCCUGUUCGUGGCCUCCUUUAACCCCGUCCAGCGAGCCCCGCCCUUAGACACGUCACUCUCUCUAAUGGCGACCUUGCAACAUCGCCCUCACAUUCUCAUUGCUGUUUACAUGGGCUGGGGCCACGUACGACCUAUGUGCGCAUUGGCCACCAGACUGGUCAAGCUGCGUAGCGUCAUCAUUACUUUUCUCACUUCGUGCCAGAUGUACGACAAAGUCACGAAAGAAAUUCUGUGCAACUUUGAAGACGGCGAGGAUGCGCUGCAGUCUCGUAUUAGGGUCGCUGGACUUGUUGCCCACGAGCAUGAUAUGUUUGAGCAAGAGAUCAUCGGCAAGUCAUUCGAGCAGCGGCUUCAAAGAAUCCUGGCCGCGGAAUCUGCAUUUUGCUCGACGAAGCAGAGAGAUAUUCCUGCUCUCAGCCCGCCCCAUGCGCUCAUAAUCGACAUGUUCGCAUACCAUUUCUUUCAGAUAGCGCGCAAACAAAGUGGCACUGUAAAGAUCUUAGUCUCGUUGCCCCCGCCGAUACUGUGCAUGUCUUUUCUUUCUGGUCCGUUUGGAUCCGACACGCAUGGGGAGCUUGAUCGAAGAGUCCAAGCUCAUAUGAGGAAGACGGGGCAAAUAUUUAUAGAGGCCGCAGGGGCGGUGACUUUUCCUCUGAAUAACGAAGUUGUCCAGAUACCUGGUCUUCCACCCAUGUAUGACUACGAAAAAUCUCCCCAGGAGCCUGUGAUCAAAGUGGCAACCAUCGGACACUUGCAUGUUACCGCUGCCAGCCUCGUGCACGAGUGCGACGGAGUGAUCUCCUGCUCAAUGGCAUGCAUCGAGCCUCAGGAGAUCCUUCUAGCCUUCUUCGACUUCCUUGCUCUGAAUUCGCGGAAGAUGUACGUCCUCGGGAUUCUCCUACCAGAAAGAAAACGGUUGGACGAAUUGGAAAAGACUCAGGCCGCGAAGUCUGCUGAGAUCACAAAUUUUAUGCAGAACGUGCUCGAGACGCUUGGAGAGCGGUCCAUGAUAUAUAUAUCUUUCGGAACAGUCGUCUGGACCACUCAGCCAGAGAAGGUCUGGACGUUCUUGGAUGUCCUCAUGGACCAGAAGAUUCCGUUUAUCAUGGCUCAGGCUUCCCCGUUUUGUCACCUUACGGCAGAAGUUGCACAGAGGGUGAAAGCUUCUGGGACAGGCCUCAUCACAUCGUGGGCUCCACAGCAGGCAAUCCUUGAGCACCCGGUCACCGGAUGGUUCGUCACGCAUGGCGGAUUCAACAGCAUCACCGAGUCUAUUCACGCAGGCAUCCCCAUGAUCUGCUGGCCCUUCGGCGGCGACCAGCCCCUGAACGCAAUUCAUCUGACGGAGAACCUCGACGUUGCAUACGAGCUCUUCGAGGUUCGCACGGGCGAGUCAGGCCUCAAGCCCAUCUAUCGCACGGGCAAGGCCCCAACGGGCACGCUCGAGGCUGUUCGCGAAGAGGCGAUCACGGUGCUCGGAAAGGCCUUCGGGGAAGAUGGUGUGAAGAAGCGAGCGAAUAUCCAGAGGUUGAGAGAGGCGUCUCUCAAGUUAUGGAAGGAGGGCGGCGAGGCCCACGUUGCUGCUGAGCAACUGCUGGACUGGAUUUCGGCUUAGAUCACUUCGUGUAGAGGGUACCGAGAAAUUGGGAUUGCAAGAUUUUACAUCACAGACUCUAUAUAGACACAUUUAUGCGUGCCCAUAAAUGUAAGCGAUGCGUAGGGAAAUAAGGGAAA